CCCGGCCAGCAGCAGCGGCUGGGCUGGCGCGAGGAUCACAUCGUGCAGGUGCACCAGCAGCGGCUGGUCAGCCUGGACUCGCAGCAGCGAGUGCAGUACCUGGAGCGCAUGGACCCACAGCACCGCAGCAUCCUCAUAAAUCACUUCCAGUUCCGGCAGCGCUCACUCCAGCAGCAGCAGCAGCAACAGCAGCAGCAACAGCAGCAACAGCAGCAACAGCAGUGGCAGGCGCGCCCGGGACUGGCGCAGGGUCAGCAGCCGGGGCUGGGCCCGCAGGUGCAGCAGCUGCAGCGGCCGCCGCACCCCAUCCAGCAGAUCCAGGGCGUGGUGCGUCCCGUGCGGCAGGGUAUGCCGAUGCCGGUGCCGGUGGGGCAGCCUCAGACGCCGCGCAUGGUCACGCAGAUCGCGCGGCCGCCGGCCCCCGCCCAGCAGAUCAUCCAGCAGGUGCGACCGGCGCAAAUGCCGUCCGACUCGCAGGAGCCCAUCCAGCAGCAGGUGCAGCAGAACCUGGAGAAAAUCCGCCAGACGAUGGCCGCUCAGCAGCAGCAGCAGCAGCAGCAGCAACAGCAGCAACAGCAGGCCGUGGCCGGACAGCAGAUGCGCCAACCGCUGCAGCAGCAGCAGCCGUCCGUGCUGGGCAUGCAGCAGCAGCUGGUGCAGCGUCAGCAAGCGACUGUUCAGGGCGUCCAGCAGCUUAUGCAGCGACAGCAGAGCGUGCCACAGUCAGUGGCGGCCGGCGUGCCACAGCAGCUGCUGCUGCGGCAGCAGAGCGACCCUGGCCAGCUGCAGCCGGGCCAGCGGCUGGUGCAGGUCGGCGGCCAGCAGGUGGUGCUGCCGCACGGCCAGGCGCUGACGCCCGAGAUGCGACAGCAGAUCCUGAACAACCAGCAGAACCUGGUGCAGCCCAAGACGAAGACGGCGCUGGCGAACCUGCUCAACAACCGGCUGUCGAGCGGGCCGAUGAGCGGCUCCUCCACUCCGGAGACGCCGGGCACGCCGGUGCUGACCACGCCGCCGCAGAGCGUGCAGACGACGCCGACCGAGCCGCGCGCGCCGCCGGCCGCCGGCCAGAACGUGACGGCGGACCCGGCAGCCAAGAUGGCGGUGCUCCAGCAGGCCGGCUUGACGACGGCGCCGGUCGGCCAGCCGCCGCAGGCCGCCUACCGGCUGGGCGUCAGCCCGCAAAAGCCGGGCCAGCAGCCGGCCGUCCGCGUCCAGUACUACGGCCACGACCCCACCCUCAACCUGCCGCCCGACCUGUGCCUGCUGGGCUGUGUGUUCCUGCUGGUGGACUACCAGCACUGCACGCCCGUGGACGAGCUCAAGUCCUGGUGCAAGGUGAUCAGCCAGUACGGCGGCGAGGUGGAGCAGACGUACAGCGGCCGCGUCACGCACAUCCUCUGCCUGCAGCUCAAGAACGCCAUCGUGCAGACGGCCAUGCGGGACAACAAGCGCUGUGUGACGGCCUACUGGCUCAACGACAUCAUCCUGCAGCACAAGGUGACGCCGCCGUGGCAGGCGCUCCAUCUGCCCGUCUCGUACAGUGACGCUGACAAGCCGGGCAAAAACCUCAUCAUUACUAUAUCGGGCUUCGAGGACAAGGAGCGUCGCCGCGUGAAGCACAUGGUGGAGGCGUGCGGUGCCAAGUACACGGGCUACUUCACGCGGCACAAUACCACGCUCAUCUGUCGCAAACCGGAGGGUCCCAAGUACGCCAAGAGUCGCGAGUGGAAGACGCCGGCGGUGAAUCUGCAGUGGCUGAACGAGUUGCUGCUGGGCAACCAAAGCGUGGUUCAGCUGGCCGCCCACCAGAAGUACCAGCAGUUCAGUCUGGAGGAGCCGUUCCGCAUCGACUACAACCUGGUGCCGCACCUGAUGGCCGCCUGGAAGGCGCCCAUCAUAGUGACGCGCGAGAUCUGGAGCCGCUUCAAGGAGAACCCGCCGCCGCGCAACAAGCGCAAGCUGCAGGAGAUCGAGGCGGACCGGGCCACCAAGAAGACGACGCUGUCACCGAACCUGGCCGAUCCGGGCGUGCCGCCGCCGCCGGCCGACCCGGAAAACGGCCCGCCGCGUGUGCUGCUGUCGGCCUGCUCGACGCCCGGUCUGGCCGACACGGUGCGCCGGCUGGGCGGCACGCUGGCGAGCGGCGCCGCCGAAGCCACGCACCUGGUGAUGGCGCGUCUACAGCGCACCGUCAAGUUCCUCUCGGCGCUGGCUGGCUGCUCGCUGAUCGUCUCCCAGCGCUGGCUGGAGGAGAGCGGUCGCCAGGGUCGCUUCCUGCCCGAGCAGCCGUUCCUGCUGGCCGACGCCGAGUUCGAGAAGCGAUUUAACUUCUCGCUAGCCGCCACGCUCGCGAAGACAGACCGGUGUGCCCUGUUCAAGGGCAUGAGCUUCCACAUCACCCCAGGCGUGGUGCCGAGCCGACGGGCGCUGACCGAGAUCAUCCAGUGCUCGGGCGGCACAGUCGAGGAGCGACGCCGCCCACUCAAGGCGCUCAAGGAGCCACGCCUCCAGAACCACUACGUCAUCACGUGCGAGACGGACCUGCACCUGGUGGAGGAUAUUUUCAAGGCGGGACUGCCCAUCUACAGCGCCGAGUUCGUGCUGAGCGCCGUGCUGCGGCAAAUGAUAGACUACACGCGCUCCUGCUACGUCCGACCGCAGCAGUAGGCGUCCCACCUUGUCCCGGGUGUGACGCGCGGCGCUGCGGACCGUCGCAGCGGGCGGGCCCGUCGCGCCGUGACGCGGGCUUGUGCUGCGCCACGCUGGGCCACAGGUCGCGGCAGCGCUGUGCGGUGAUGCUUUACGCCUCAGUGGGUCGGCGGACGCGUCCGGCAGGGUCUGCGGCUGGGCUCAAACACCGGUGGCUGGCCGGUGCGGCGCUGAGCUCCGCCGCUGUCGGCCGGAGCGGGACGGGUCGGGGCUCGCCGGCGCGGUCGGCGGCCGUCUGUCGGCACCACGCCGCUGCUGUUCGGCUGUGGCCAGUGCGAAUACUUCCGACUGUUCUGUGGGCAGACAGACACGUCCGAAAGCGGUUUAGGUUGCAGCUUGCUUAAGUUUGUCAUGUUUUAUGGGCGUCGCGUUUUUACGAAAUGUCUGGGCUUAGUUGGUCAGCUUCUCUUCUGAUCAUGAAGAUCAGAA